GUCUUUAACGUCAGCGAAGCGGGUACCGGUCGAGGGGGGCACCGUGUCUUCAACGACGGUUGGAGCGGGGUUGUGAGGAGCACUUGGUCGCCCUCUCCCUCGUUAUUCGGCCGCUCUGUUCGGCUGUCGAUUGCGACCCCGACGACAGAUCUCUCGGGACCAACAGCACUCAUGGUAGGUAUGAGGUGCUGUCAUUCCCCCAGCAUGCUCGGCACCACUCCCACUGCCGUUUCAUCGGGUGAUCGGUCAUUGCCUAGUGUGCACGGUGUCUUAACUGUGGGUUUUGAUGGGAGAGCAUGCACUGUCUUAGGGGUCAGAUCAAGGAAUGGCAUGGGGAGGGAGGAGGAAGAAGAAGCUUUCUCCUUGUUGGCGAAGAGGUGGGGGAACACGUGUAAGCUUGCGGGAAUGAUUGAGAGGACCUUCUGCAGUGGGGUCGCAGCAUCAGCAGCAGCAGGAGGAGGAGGAGGAGGUGAACGCGGGGGCGAGGCCGGAGGAGGAGGAGGACAUUUUGGCAGCGGUGGGAGGAGCUUCUGCAGCAGUACCGCAGCAGCAGCAGGGGAAGGAGGAGGAGGAGGAGGAGGAGGUGGAGGAGGUCAUUUUGGUAGCGGGGGCGGAAUUGUGAUCACAUCUGACUCAGCUGCAGCUGCUAUGGCUAAAAGAGGAAGGAAGUUUGGCGGGAAGAGACAGACUGUGGUGACAGCAGCAGCAGCUAAACCAGCGAAUCAGGCCGACAGUAAUUUGAAGACGGUGGAAGAGAAAAAAGCAGCAGCAGAAGAAGAAGAUGCGGUAAUGGAGGAGAGCAAGUCCUUAAGUGCUCGGAUGAAAGAUGUGUUGAAUAUGAAGGUGAGUAAACAGUGUAAAGCGAAAGCGCCUCCUUUCCUAACUUGUCGAGCAGACGAUCUUGUGAUUGAUGCCGUGAAGAAGAUGAACGCUGGAGAUGUCGGUUCGCUUGUCGUUGUGGAUGCCAAUAGUGUCACUACGGAUUACCCCAUGGGAAUCGUCACUGAGAGAGACAUUUUGAAGAAGGUCGUCGCCGAGGGUAGGGAACCCAAGACCACCAAGGUCGGAGAGGUUAUGACAGGGAAGGAGACUUUGGUAGUGUCCACCCCUGACGUGAGUGCGUACGAGUGCAUGCGAUUAAUGGCCGUACAUAGGAUCCGUCACAUCCCAAUAGUCCUGGGCCCAGAGCAGAAACUCGUGGGAAUCGUUUCCAUUCGGGACAUGGUGGAAACGAUUCUACGGGAGAAGGAGGAUGUCCAGCGCCGCCUGCAGAACUAUAUCUCGGGCAUUUACUAAUACAGUAUAUCAAUCAGUUGUGUGAACGUAGGUAGUGUCGUUCUAGGCAAAGGAAGGAAGUAAUGGAGUGUUAUGGGCGCACGAAAGCCUGAUCGGUUGUGUGUGUGUGUGGUUUGCUAGGUGCCUACCUGGGUGGAUGAAUGCGUAUACCCACCGCAGCGUAACCACCGACCCCAAUUUGUGUUGAUGUGAGAGAUUAAAGUGAGAGAUGAUCUGAUGCGAUCGAGAUCGAAUCCAAUCUUCAUCUUAAUCUUAUCUGAUCUUAGGGGGCUGCAUUCACGGCUAGAUCGGGAUGAAUCUGACUGCAAUAGUGUCUAGAGGAUUGCUGAUAAAGUAAUCCUAGUGUG